AGAUCGAGAAAAGUUGAUAUCCCAACUUCCAUUGAGAGACGCCGCAUCGCACCUUCUCCGAACCUUUGACGAAAUUGAGUUACAUUCACAAUGAAGUUCUUAACGGUGCUCCCCGCGUUAUGUGUUCUCCUCUUCAGAGCCGGUGGGAUCAAGGCGGAAGAUCAGGCCUACAACUUCGAUGAGGACAACAUCGAUCUGGAGGAUGAAGACAAAGCCUCCUACGAAACUAGAUGUUGGGGCGAGCUUGGCUGCUUCGAUAACUCAAUCGGAGAUAGACUUCCUUCGGAACCGGACUCCAUCCCUCCGAACUAUCUCUUGUUCCCGCAUGACACGGGGAUCAAAAUGAGUUGGGAAGAUACUGUUGAUGACCUGCGGAAUAAGACGAUAGGUCGCUUCGACGAAGAGAGGCGACUAAUAUUUUUGACACAUGGCUUUGGAGAAUCUCUUGGCAAGCAAUGGAUUUGGAAUCUCAGGAACGCAACUUUCAAAGCUUAUCCGAACAGCAACGUGGUGAUUAUCGACUGGGGCAAGGGUGCUUAUCUCCCGCUAUAUAACCGUGCGGCAGCAAAUGUUCCCAUGAUCGCGAAUAUGACCAUGAGACUCACGUCGAAGCUGAUGUCAAUAUAUCCCACGAUCAAAGCUGAAAACAUCUAUUUCAUCGGCUUCUCGCUUGGAGCUCAAAUGGCAGGUUACUUCGCUAGAACCUUCACCAACCAAACCGGCACCAAAAUCGGCAGAAUAACGUCGCUGGACGCAGCUGCCCCGAAUUUCCACAGCCUAAACAUCGCUCCACGACGAGGGGAUGCCGACUUCGUUGAGGCUAUUCAUACCUCUGCAGGAGACAAUAUUAUCACCGGCAAGGUCGGCUACGUCCCGCCAUACGCUGACAUCGACUUCUACCCCAAUGGCGGGAUAAAGCAGCCCGGCUGCCCAUUCUUCCACUUACCGUGUUCCCAUCAGCGAGCUUUCGUCUACCUGACCCAUGCUCUCGAGGAUUUAGCCGGAUGCCAGUUCAGAGGAGUACGAUGCGCAACCGUUGAAGAAGCCAACAAGGAAAACUGUACCGGGCCAGCUGUCGACGCUCACAUCGGGCAGGUGGACCUCGAGAAGUUCACCCGGCUGGAUGAUGACUAUCAUAUUGUCUACCUGAAAACCACUUCGAAGAGUCCCUUCUGUACGGUCGAGGAUUGAUACACCCGGGAAUAUGAUGUGAAUAAAGAGCACGAGGAACAA